CUAUGCGAUUGCGACACAUUCCAUUCUUUCCAAAAUGCGUGAAAAAUAUUGUAAUCAAACCAUACUAUAUUUACAGUAUCACAUUUUCUCACUAUUAACAGCUGACAUUUGACUACAAUUUGGAUUGAAACACGGUCUACUUACUACUCUCUCACCUGCCGUCCCUGGCUCGAGGUACUGCUCAAAAUGUCUGUCGAGAAACAGUUAGGAAGAUCCGCCGUUCUGCAAGAAUUGAAUAUGUCGCAAUUUACAAAUUAACGAAGAAGCCUCCAAAACAACUGGGGAUACAGGGGCCCGUGGAGAGGGUCAGGGACAGGAUCGGACCCCUGUCACUGUCGCUGGGAGAGAGGAGGUGCCACAACACAGGAAGUAGGAGCCACAACAGAGUGACGGCCUAGGAACGGUGGGUUAACUGCCUUGUUCAGGGGCAGAAGGACAGAUUUUUGCCUUGUCAGCUCGGGGAUUCAAUCGUGCAACCUUACGGUUAACUGGUCCAACGCUCUAACCACCUGCCUUUCAUUGCACUCCACGAUGAGCCUGCCUGUUACGCGAAUGCAGUAAGAAGCCAAGACUAAGACAGGUCUGGGUCUAGACCUCCGUGCCAGGCUAGAUGAUGAAGAGCCUCCAGUUCAGAAGCAUCGCCCCCAAGGCCCCAGCAGCGGUAGUUCCCUCCCCGACCGCCGUCCUGUCCUGCCAGCAACCCUCUGCCCUCCCAGAGGCAGCCUCUACAGCCGUCAGCCCUAAAUCCAUCCUGGUCCCGGCCCAGAACUAUGCCCUGAUGCAGGUGGCAGGACAGGAGGGCACCUUCUCUCUAGUGGCCCUGCCGCCCUCCGUAUCCCCUCAAUCUCCACAGCAACAACAGCCGCAGCAACAGACAAUCCAGAAGAACCUGAAGCUGCCCAUCCCCAGGUACCAGCCAAUGAGGGCCAAGAGCACCCCGGAGAAGGUCAAAUUAGCCACACCCACUGCCGUGACAACCCGGCCACAAAGGUCAAUAGCGGCGGUAAAAAAGAAGUUGUCAUCGCCGGAACCCAAGGAGGAGCCAUCAAAACAGGUCAUACUGAUCGACUCCACAGCCUCCUCUGAGAUCUCAGCCCUCACAGCCUUGCUCCCGGACAACGCUGUGCUCUACUCUGGAUCUCCAAUGGAGCAAGUAGCAGUGGUGGACACCACCAUCAACCACAUGUCUACUCCUGCCCACGGCCCGGGCCCCGUCACCAGCAUGCUGCAGAACCUCCAAUACCCAUCUGGUGGUUUUACUAAAAGCUCCCCAGUCAAACUGCCACAGGAAGAGAGCAACAUUAAGGUUGGCAUUAGGCCAUGCCAACCCAAGCCUGUAGCCCAACAGCCCCAUCCACAGCCAGCUAGUAGCAGCAUCACUGUCCUCUCUCCAGCCAUCUUCAGCAAAGCUGUCCAGAUUAUUCCCUCCCCACCCAAAGGCAAGUUGCCCAUCCUGCCCUACUCAAACAUAAAAAGCAACCUCAUACCAGCCACCAAACUCAACCUGAACGCCAUGAGUCCCAAGAAGGCUUUCCCCAGCCAGCCUGGCUUGCCCGGCCUUACCUCGUAUCCCUCUGAUCCCCAGUCCAAGACCCCAGAGACUGCCGAGGCCCUCUGUCAGAACCACAUGCCAAAAUCCCUGCUGCAGUGCCAACCUCGGGCCAAGACCACAGGCACCCUGUCGCUGCUGGGAACGCUUCAGAUGCAGAAACCACCGGGCAAGAAGAGGGGGAGGAAGAGGAAGACAAUGGAGGAUAUUCUGGCCUUUGAGGCAAGGAAGAAGAGAUCCUUGUCGUUCUUUCGGAGGAGGGUUCCAGAGAAGCCUUCUCCUUCGGCUGUCAUCUCGCAGCAGAGGGAGGUGGACAUCUCUAAGAAGUACCGCAGCAUCAGACCCAAGCCUCACCACAUGCUGCUGAUGGAGACAGUUCCCCAGCUGGUCAGCCUGCCCUCCCUCACCUCCUCUGACAGCCUGGAACCAGAGCUCCUCGUAGGGCACCAACUCUCUGCCAAGGUCCUGGAGCCUGGUCCUCGCCAGCCCCAGUCAGCCUCUACCACGCUUCACCUGAGAGGGGGUAGUUCCUCUCAAAGGGUCUACCUGGGCAGUAGCCGGCCCCUCCACCACUGCCCCACCUGCAGCCGCUGCUUCCAGUUCAAACACCACUUGCAGAGCCAUAUGAACAGCCACACCAACAGUAGGCCUUACGUCUGUCCAGUGUGUCGUAAGGCCUAUGCCCAUUCCGGCUCGCUCAGCACUCACAUGAAGCUGCACCACUCAGAGGGCCGACCACGCCGGACGCUUCGCUGUGAGUUCUGUGAGAAGGCGUUUGGUUACGUGGGCGUGUACUUCAGCCAUCUGAGGGAGGUGCAUAAGGUUAUCCUGACUGUGGAGCCAUCCAUCAGCCAACAUGAAGACGACGUGCCUGUGGAGGGGGCGAUGUCUCCAGACCAGGGGGACGAGCAGGGCCAGGAGGAGCGUGAGGACCCGGUGGAGCUCCAGAUCAAGUGUGGCCGCUGUCAGGCCAUCACCCCCACCUUCGCCGACAUGAAGCUGCACCUGCUCUACGUGCACGGGGAGGAGGUGCAGGUGCGCCUGCGGGACGGGGCUGGCGGGCUGGGAGGGGCACUCCAGGGGGGCCGGGAGGCCGAGGACGAGCUGGUGAAACACGCCGCCCACUACUGGCGCCAGCUCAAUGAGAAGAGGAACCUAGUCCGCUGUGGGAGCUGUGACGAAGAGUUCUUCUCCUUCUCCAAGCUGAAGCGUCAUAUCCUCUCCCACCACCAGGGGGGGGCAGAGGACGAUGGGAAUGGAGACAGAGGGGGGGAGCCGACUGGCUGCUCAGCCCGGGGAGGGAGAGGGGUCCUCGGGCAGGGCUCAGUGUUUAACUGUGUGCUGUGCAGCCAGGUCCUGGACAGUAAGGAGGAGGUGAUGGAGCACUGGACGGUCCACCACCACUGUGAGGACACCCAGGUACUCUGGGAGGCCCUCAGCUCCUACUCAGGGGACAGGGAGAUGGACUUGCCCUCUCACAGCACACAUUAACAUGGCGCUGGACACGUUUCAGGUUGUUUCUGUUGCAGUCACGUUGCACAUCUCAGAAGAUUGACUUUACUGAUUCUUUUUAGCUUCUAAUGAAGCGACGGUUCCAAACAGUGCAUCAGAAGAUUGCUAUACCAUAUUAACAUGGUGUCCGAUGUUAAACAUCUCUCCAGGCAUUGUGAGAGCUAAUAAUCGGGUCAGCCUGACUGCAAUAAAGACAACCUGGAGCGCACCGCACUCACUGUCUGUGUCUGUCUGAGCCCAUCCUGCACAGUGGGCUGCUCUCAAACACACGCAGUUAUUCCCUUUAUACACUAUCAAGCUGACCCCAACCAUACAGUGGGGACAUUUUAUUUUCAAAUGGUCCUUUGCACCACAGUUCCAGCAACUAUGGAAUGGUGGAUGCCUAGCCUCUAACCAGGCCAGUGCAGUACAGUGCAGCUCGGCUCAGUAGUGUGUAAAUGGUAUUAGGACGUACAGAGGUCAGUUAUAGCACAGGUUAGUUUGUUUGAGAUUCCACUUGAUAGAUUAGUAAUUAUUAUAUGGUAUUUUAUGGACUGCACUGUUUUUUGUUAGUUCUGAUUUUGUGUUUAGGUUUUUUGAUUUUGGUGUGUUUUAAUAUUUUGUUUAAUAAAAUGGAAAGGAUAGUUUUUUUUUUUUUGUAUUGCGUAUUUAGAUACAUUAUUGGCCACAGAGGCAGUGAAACGGUUUGUUAAAUGACGUGAGUAAGCAUAAUAGCCUAGCGGUAGUAAUAAGGGCACACUGUACCUGAGUCUGUCUUUUGGCCUUGAAGUACUUUUUGUUUGAAAACUAAUUAUAGACCUUUUGUGUCAAACUCAUUCAAUGUUGUGCCUUGUGUCUGCAGGUUUUUUCCUUCAAUUAAGCCCUAAUUAGUGACUUUAAUUAAUCAAGUACACGGGAGGAGCGAAAACCCGCAGCCACUCGGCCCUCAGUGAAAUGAGUACGGUACAUGGUAUAUGAGUACGGUACAUGGUAUAUGUCUAGCUAUUUUGACCUAGAGGAAAACCUUCUCAGUACACCAGCACCUGACUGAAACAUCUGAGGCCUUCUGAAAAUAGAUUGAGAAUCUUAUUUCUGGCUAAUAAUCAAUAAAGGACUCAUAAACAGAUGAUAUAUUAUUAUAUAUAUUUGUUUGUGUACUCUGUGGUAAUGUAAAGGGUGAUUGAUAUACUACUGACAAAACUAGCUCAAUUUGUUACUAUUACAUUAUAAAGACUUUACAUAAAUGUUGAACUAAUGCUGCCAACUAUUAUUCAGUAUAAACCCGUGGAAUUGGUGCACUUGAGGUCUGUGUUCAAGAGAAAAAUGCAACUGUCGGUAUGACUUCAAAAAUUUAACAUUUUUAUAGUGCUUUCAGAAAGUGUUCAUAUCCCUUGACUUAUUCCACAUUUUGUUGUUUCAACCUGAAUUCAAAAUGGAUUAAAUAUAUGUUUAAUCUUACCCAUUUAAACACAAUACCCCACAAUGACAAAGUGAAAACAUGUUUAGACAUUUUUGUAAAUUUAUUGAAAAUGAAAUAAACAUUUGUAAAAACAAUAAAAUAUAUAUAUAUAUGAAAAAUAAAACACUAAUACAUAAGUAUUCACACCCCUUAGUCAAUACACGUUAGGAUCAUCAAAAAGGAGGACCAAGGCACUCUUCAUAUAAUUAAUUAAAAUGCCUUUAUUAGUAUGGCAUGUUCAAUAGAAACAAAGUUUUUUUUUUUUUUUUUUUUUUUUUUUUACGACGCAUUUCGGCUGCAUGGCCUUUGUCAGGGAGUACCAAAAAAAGGAAUACAAUGUCCUCUUUUGAACAGCUUUUCCAAUUAGCUCUAAUUGGAAGAGGGAGUGGUUACAAAAUUGGUUGGACACACCUAGUAAGCAAUACUAUACACAUUAAAAGGUGAAAUACUGUAGCUAUGUUAUCAUAAAAAUACAACUCCAAGCUAGAAGUAUCAGAACACUAAAAGGUAACCUUAAAUAUGACUGGGAGAAAUGUCAAGAAUAAGAAAGCAAUAUAUUCCAUAGUACACUAGAACACAGCAAAACAUGAACAACAACAGUCUAAACAUAGCUGAGGGCAAUUGAGCAAAAUGUCCACUAGAUGACAGCAAAUGGACCUAUCACGACCCUACAGGAAGGGUGAGAAAUCCAUAUUUUCAUUUAAACCAUGGUAUUUAGUGGCCUGUAGUUUGUAAAUCCAAAAACUUUCCCUUUGGUUUAACUGUUUAAAACUGUCCCCUUUUCUAAUAGAGGCCGGAAUAUGAUCAAUACCCAUAGCUUGUAGGGAGGCAGGGUUGCCAUGGUGUAGGGACUUGUAGUGCCUUGCCAUGGGGUAGUCUUCAUUGCCUACCCGUAUGGCGUACUUGUGUUCCGCUAAGCGGUCUUGAAGGCGUCUCUUUGUCCGUCCAAUGUAGAACACCUUGCACUGUGGACAUUCCAAUCUAUAGAUGACAUGAGUGGUUUUGCAGUUAAUGAAAUGCUUGACGUAAUACUCCAUUUUGGAAGCUGUGUCAACAAAAUACUUCUUCUGUGCAAUAUUUCUGCAAUGGUUGCAAUCUUUACAUUUAAAAGAGCCCUUGGGUUUGUGGUCAAGCCAAGUUUUUUGAGAGUCACCCAGAAGAUAACUUUGGACUAAUUUGUCAUUUAGGGUAGGACAUCUCUUAAAGCUUAUGACUGGUGGCUCAGGAAAGACUUGGCGUAGUAGCGUAUCACUUUGGAUGAUUCCACAAUUAUUUUUAAUGAUUCUUUUAACGUUUUCUGCUUCAGUGCUGUAUUUUGUAACAAAAUACAAAUACAAAUAUACAUGUUAGGAUCACCUUUGGCAGCGAUUACAGCUGUUAAUUUUUCUGGGUAAGACUAAGAGCUUUGCACACCGGGAUUGUACAAUAUGUGCCAAUUAUUCUUUGCAAAAUUCUUAAAACUCUGUCAAGUUGGUUGUUGAUCAUUGCUAGAUAACCAUUUUCAAGCCGUGCCAUAGAUUUUCAAGCAGAUUUAAGUUAAAAAAAAGUGCAUUUAUCUCCCAGUGAUAAAGCAGGCUGAACCAGGUGUUCCGCUAAUAUUUUGCAUGUGCUUACCUCCAUUCAAUGUUCAUUUUAAUUUAACUCCCCACUCCUUAAUGACUUACAAGCAUACCCGUAACAUGAUGCAGCCACCACUAUGCUUGAACAUAUGGAGAGUGGUACUCAGUAAUGUGUUGUAUUGGAUUUGCCCCAUACAUAUCACUUUGUAUUCAGGACAAAAAGUGAAUUGGUUUGCCACAUUUUUUGCACUAUUACGUUUGUGCCUUGUUGCAAACAGGAUGCAUGUUUUUGAAUAUUCUGUACAGGCUUACUUCUUUUUACUCUGUCAAUUAGGUUAGUAUUGUGAAGUAACUUUGGGGCUCCCGAGUAGCGCAGCGUUCUAAUGCACUGAAUCUCAAUACAGACCCUGGUUCGAUUCCAGACUGUAUCACAACCGGCCGUGAUUGGAAGUCCCAUAGGGCAGUGCACAAUUGGCCCAGUGUCGUUAGGGUUUGGCCGGGGUAGGCCAUCCUUGCAGACUCUGGGGCCUUUCAGAACAGGUGUGAGUAUAUAUACUGAGAUCAUGUGACAGAUCAUGUGACACUUAAAUAAAGUCCACCUGUGUGCAAUUUAACUAAUUAUGUGACUUCUGUAGGUAAUUGGUUGCACCAGAUCUUAUUUAGGGGCUUCAUAGCAAAGGGGGUGAAUACAUACAGUUGAAGUCAGAAGUUUACAUACAUCUUAGCCAAAUACAUUUAAACUCAGUUUUUCACAAUUCCUGACAUUUAAUCCUAGUAAAAAUUCCCUGUCUUAGGUCAGUUAGGAUCACCACUUUAUUUUAAGAAUGUGAAAUCUCAGAAUAAUAGUAGAGUGGUUUAUUUCAUCACAUUCCCAGUGGGUCAGAAGUUUACAUACACUCAAUUAGUAUUUGGUAGCAUUGCCUUUAAACUGUUUAACUUGAGUCAAACGUUCCACAACCUUACCACAAUAAAUUGGGUGAAUUUUGGCCCAUUCCUCCUGACAGCUGGUGUAACUGAGUCAGGUUUGUAGGCCUCCUUGCUCGCACACGAUUUUUCAGUUCUUCCCUCAAAAUGUAUAUGGAAUUGAGGUCAGGGCUUUGUGAUGGCCACUCCAAUACCUUGACUUUGUUGUCCUUAAGCCAUUUUGCCACAACUUUGGAAGUAUGCUUGGGGUCAUUGUCCAUUUGGAAGACCCAUUUGCAAACAAGCUUUAACUUCCUGACCGAUGUCUUAAGAUGUUGCUUCAAUAUAUCCACAUAAUUUUCAUUCCUCAUGAUGCCAUGAAGUGCACCAGACCCUCCUGCAGCAAAGCACCCCCACAACAUGAUGCUGCCACCCCCGUGCUUCACAGUUGGGAUGGUGUUCUUUGGCUUGCAAGCCUCCCCCUUUUUCCUCCAAACAUAACAAUGGUCAUUAUGGCCAAACAGUUCUAUUUGUGUUUCAUCAGACCAGAGGUCAAUUCUCCAAAAAGUAUGAUCUUUGUCCCCAUGUGCAGUUGCAAAAUAUAGUAUGUCUUUUUUAUGGCAGUGUUGGAGCAGUGGCUUCUUCCUUGCUGAGCGGUCUUUCAGGUUAUGCCGAUAUAGAUACUUUUGUACCUGUUUCCUCCAGCAUCUUCACCUGGUCCUUUGCUGCUGUUCUGGGAUUGAUUUGAACUUUUCGCACCAAAGUAUAUUUAUUUAUUUUUUUAUUUUAUUUAUUUAUUUCACCUUUAUUUAACCAGGUAGGCAAAUUGAGAACACGUUCUCAUUUACAAUUGCGACCUGGCCAAGAUAAAGCAAAGCAGUUCGACACAUACAACAACACAUAGUUACACAUGGAGUAAAACAAACAUACAGUCAAUAAUACAGUGAAAAUAAGUCUAUAUACAAUAUGAGCAAGUGAGGUGAGAUAAGGGAGGUGAAGGCAAACAAAAUAUAUAUAUAAAUAAAAUAAAAUAAAAUAUAUAUAUAAAAAGGCCAUGGUGGCGAAGUAAAUGCAAUAUAGCAAGUAAAAAAAAUAAACUUGAAUGUUUUGUGUAUUCAUCUCUAGGAGACAGAGCGUGUCUCCUUCCUGAGCGAUAUAACGGCUGCAUGGUCCCAUGGUGUUUAUACUUGCGUACUAUUGUUUGUACAGAUGAACGUUGUACCUCCAGGCGUUUGAAAAUUUCUCCCAAGGUUGAACCAGACUUGUGGAGGUCUACAAUUUUUCUGAGGUCUUGGCUGAUUUCUUUAGAUUUUCUCAUGAUGUCAAGCAAAGCACUGAGUUUGAAUGGUAGGCCUUGAAAUACAUCUACAGGUACACCUCCAAUUGGCUCAAAUUAUGUCAAUUAGCCUAUUAGAAGCUUCUAAAGCCAUGACAUCAUUUUCUGCAAUUUUCCAAGCUGUUUAAAGGCACAGUCAACUUAGUGUAUGUAAACUUCUGACCCACUGGAAUUGUGAUACAGUGAAAUGAUCUGUAAACAAUUGUUGUAAAAAUUACUUGUGUUAUGCACAAAGUAGAUGUUAACAAACUAUAGUUUUGGCAAGUCGGUUAGGACAAGACAUUUUUGGAGUGGUUGAAAAACGAAUUUUAAUGACUCCAACCUAAGUGUAUGUAAACUUCCGACUUCAACUGACUGUAUGCACGUACCAUUUUUCCGUUUUUUUUAAUUAUUUAUUAAUUUAUAUUUUUUUUCAUUUCACUUCACCAAUUUGGACUAUUUUGUGUAUGUCCAUGUCAUGAAAUCCAAAUAAAAAUCCAUUUUAAUUACAGGUUGUAAUGAAACAAAAUAGGAAAAAUGCUCUAGGGGGGUCAAUACUUUUGCAAGGCACUGUAACUAACUUGCGUAGUUUAAUAAAGGUUAAAUAAAAUAAUAAAUAACUACAAUGGUGUUGAUCCAUCCUCAGUUUUCCCAUAUCACCAGCCAUUAAACUCCGUAAAUGUUUUAAUGUCACCAUUGGCCCUGAGCGGUUUCCUACCGCUACACCCGUCCAAAGUGUAAUUAAUGCACUUUAUGGUAAUUAAUACACACCAUCCGAAGUGUAAUGUCCAAACGGAUAUUCGAUGAAUGCUUUCAAAAAUUAUGUUAAACACUAUUAUUGCAAACAGAGUCCAUGCAACUUAUUAUGUGACUUGUUAAGCACAUUUGUACUCCUGAACUUAUUUUGGCUUGCCAUAACAAAGGAGUUGUAUACUUAUUGACUCGUGACAUUUCCACUUUUCAUUUUGAAUUAAUUUCAAAACAUAAUUCCACUUUGACAUUAUGGGGUAUCGUGUGUAAGCCACUGACAAAACAUCUCAAUUUUAAAUGCAGGCUGUAACUCAACAAAAUGUGUAAAAAGUCAAGGGGUGUGAAUACUAGACUGAAGUAAACUUUUAUGUACAUUCUCUUAAUGCUAUGAUUGGUCAUUGGAAACUGAGCGGAAAAGCCUGUUUUGUCUUCUGUUUGCUUCUUACGAUGGGGGAUGUUCAAUGUUGUGUUUCUUGGUUGGGAGAUUGACUUGUAAGGGGUGGUAGAUGUGGUUUAAACAUUUGUCAGACUGUGUAACCUUUUUCGUAUGAAAAAAAAUCACAUGGUAAGUGAAUGUACCUUGAAUGUUUUAAAACCCUACCAAAUUCUAUAUAUACAUAUUGAAUAUAGACUUCUAUAGUUAGAUUAUAUAUAUAUAUAUGUAUAGCUAUGUAUAGAUAUUGAGAAUAUAUAUUUGCAUAGAAUAUAUAGUGAAUAUGCUGCUUUGUUCUAAUGGAGGAAACUAACUAGAAAGGAAUUUGUUUAUUAUCGUCAAACCGGCAACUUAUGCUGAGCAUAGCUCUCCUUGCUUGUGUCUGGCACAGUGUCUUGCAGCACAAACAAAUCAAUGGUGUGAAAGUAAUCACAUAGCUAAUAUGUCUGUUUCACAAAAUGUGUGAUGAUAUCUAACAAGAUAUAAAAAAUAAAUGCAUAUUUAUUUCCAGUAACAGUAUGUUUAUCCUGCUCAGGUAACUGUAGAACCAACCCUGUUGUACGUAACAAUAAAGUUGGAGGAUGAAUCCAU